AGUCACAGAAAAAACAGUGACAUCACGUUCGACAAAGAGCCCGUGGAGCCGGCAGCAGGCAGUGGAGGUUGGAUCCUUCAGGAUUCUGACGAUGAGGAUCUCAUUGAGUCUGGCUCUGGUUCUGGUAGUGGCUCUUUGAACAAAACAACUCUCACACCUACAACCACCACUAUGAUGACCACCACCACUACUACCACCACAACUACAAGCCGGCCACUGACACCCUGCGAGAAACAGAGGCAGGCCAGCCGGCAGCUGUCAGGCAAGUAUGUACCCCGAUGCCUGCCCAAUGGUGAGUUCAGUUCCUUACAGUGUCGGAACCAUCCCUUGGCUGGGGACUGUUGGUGCAGUGACCUGGAGGGUGCCGAGAUCCCAGGGACUGCCAUGGAGGCUCCCAAUGUUCCCAAUUGUGAUACUGGAAGCAACCUGCCUCCUUGCACCCACCAACUGGUGCAGCAUGUCCGCAGCAAGCUGCUGGGCAACUUCAGGCCCCGGUGUGCAGCUGAUGGUCAGUUUGACCGUGUCCAGUGCCACGGCUCCAUAUGCUUCUGUGUGGAUGAAAGCACAGGAAGCAGAGUGUCCGGUACUGAAGUCCACAUUCCAGAUACACCAAAUUGUG